UCAGUGCCUCAGAAUGACGACUGAAAUGAUAGGAUCUUCAAGGAGUGGUCACGGGACUGUAGAUCUCAUAGUUGUGAACGUGAGUCACAACAUCAGCCUCCAACAUACCAGGCCGUGACAGUUCUUAUCUGUUACCUGCCUUCUUCAUAUAGUAUUCAGAAAAGAAGAAUGGAAUACUAUUGCAAAAAGUCAUGGCAGAGUGGUCAUUUCAUCGGGAGAGUCAAGAGCCACGACGAGCUCAUCGAAAACGCUCGCAAACUCAUACAAGACUUUCGAAAUGCCCGUUCAGAGAUUGGCGACGAAUUUCCAUCUCUCGUCGAAACCACCAUUGAACUCGAAGAACUCGAUAAGUCGGUCGCUCUCAUCCAACAAGAGGAGUCGCUUCGCACCGCAGCCGUGGUCAGAGAGAUAAAGGGCACUAUCAGGAGUGUUCACUAUCAAAGUUGGGAAGCAGUCCGAGUAGUCGGGAAGAAAAGGAAGGCUGUAGCGAAAAAUGGGCCGGACGCCAUGGUCCCAAAGAGAUAUAUCCAUUCAUUCAGACCCAUGCCCAAGUGGGUUAUCAGGACUAGAGAUAAACUUGAUAAUGCUAUCUUGUGCGCGCAGGUUGGAAUCAUUGGCAACAAAAAGGAUGGGUUUUCAAUUCGGCCUCAUAAGGUGUUUGAGAUUGAUAGAAAGGUCAAAGAUGUUCUUGGUAUCCAUAUGGUUCUUUCUUUGAGAUUAUGGGAUGAGCCUACUUGCAUCGAUGGCCGGAGCAUCUCUCCUGACGAUGAACCCAAGAGCGAGGGAACUCAUCAGCAUGUUACCGCAAUCGAAGGGAUAUACAAGGAAACGCACGAUGUAGAGGAGAGUCCCGUUUAUGAAAACAUCACCCUCGACCAGGCGCGUCUCAUGGCCGGUGAAGACGGGGUGCAAGGUUGGACCGAAGCGGCUAGGUUACAACCUCAAAGAAUGAAACACUAAGUAUAGGUCACGAGAAGGGAUAUGGCGUCGUCGGAAGUUACAUACAGACAAGGAGACAUUUCUAGCAAUAUGGAUAUUCUUUUGUCAUUAGUAGGCAAGUUCACAAGCCAAUGGUAUUGCACAGUUUCAUGAUAAACACUAUCGCUUUCUCAUCUCUUCAAUCUCCUAGUGGGUAUUUCAACAUGUCAAUCCUAAUCACAGUCCCUUUCAAACACUCAAUCUUGCAUCUUUCUAAGGAGCAAGAGGAGCUUCAGCCUCCUU